AUGACAGAGUUCUUCCCCUGGAUGAAGUUCGCAAAAGAAACGGCAAACAAACCAAUUCUAGGCGAGUUUGCUAACUUUCCAGAGUUUAGAAGAAAAAAUCAAGUCAUUCCUCUCCCAGUGAUGUCGAAAAAUGAACAGAAAUAUUCAGAUGUGGUAGAAAUACUAGACUCCUAUGAAAAUCUUGUAAUAUCUGUUUGCAACCAGGCAAAUGUUGAAGCAAUGGAGGUGCACAUUGGUGGAGACCAACUCACUCGAGAAAGAUUUUCAGGAGCUAAGCGCUUAAGAGCAGCAGCACUUACUGAAAUGGAGAGAUUUCACCAUUUGACACCAAUUACAUUUGAGCUUUUCCAUUUACAGAUGUCUGUUCUCACUUUGUUUUAUCAACAACUCUAUAAUACAACAAACACAGAGCCCUUCACACUCCAUGCACAAAAGAUUCGUCUGCUUCGAACAGAUGCUGAUGGUAAUGACGUUAAAAACCAUUAUAAUCAUUGCAAAGAGCUGGCAGUAUCUUUUAUCAAAUCGUACAUAAUUGAGGCAGCAUGUGAGCAAUUUGGCAUUAAUGACUACAAUACUGUUCCUGAUAUUCAUCUGCCGAAUGAUGAUGACUCAGUCUCCUCUUGGCUAUUGGAAGUAGUUCAACCAGUUACAGAAAAAAUUCUCGAUGCUUGUAAACUUGAUAGUGACUUGGACCAUGGAUACUGUGACAAAGCAUCUGACUAUGCGAACCUUGUUCUACAACUAGGUGUUCUGUUCAUGGAAUUGAAUGAUGUGGUAAAAUACCCAGACAGAGAUAGAUUACUGGCAGUCCUGAAAAUACUUAUGGUCAUCUUAAAAGGACAUAACACCAGAUCGAAGUAUGCUCUUGAAAUUCUUCGUUUAUUGUGUCAGCAAUUUGCUUUGUUAAGUGAGAGUCAGGCAUAUUCUAGUUUGUAUGGAAUGUUUGUUAAUACUGGGGGGAAACUUGAUACAAACAGUCCAGCUGAUUUAGAAAUGGAACACCUGGUUAGAUUGACAAAAGGUCAUCUGAAAGCGAUGUGUUCUAACAAGUCCGAGUCUUCAGUGCGGAAACGAAGUUGUGCAUUUUAUGGUAUGAAGAAAAUCUGUGACAACUUUGAUGAACAAACAAAAGUUGUUCAUCGUGCUCAAAAGCACAAAGUGUUGUCAUCUGUUGAAGAUGAAAAGGCAAUUAUUAAAGACCUGAGAAAAGUGAGGCCAUUUCAGCAUGUGUGUGGAAGACAAAUUGCUUCAAUGAAGCACUGUCCCAAAAAUCCGGUAAAGAAGAUUAACACGGAAGAACUGCACAAAUGGAUUUCUCAGAACCAAAUUAAGUUUUAUUAUGAAAUUGGACGUUAAGCAAUAUGGUAACAUUGUUAUGCUUAAUAGUUCUGAACUCUUUAUUCAAAUUACAUAGAAUGUUUAAAUUUUACAAACAUUUUUAUAGACAAGGAUUUUUUAUUACAGAAACUGUUUCCCAUAAGGCCGAAAAAAACAAUCUUGUUUCUGGUCACCAGAUUGACCCUCUUUUUUCUAUUCCCACCCAAUCUUUUUGAUUGACACUUUCUUUAAAUAUGUCAAAAGUCAAUUAUUUAUAAAUAAGUUCUUUUUAAGGUAUAUUUGAUUUUUUUUUAAGUAAAAUAAGCAUAGAAGCACAAUUAAGAACAGAACAGACCUUUAUUAGGUAACUUAUACUACAUGGUAUAUCGUUAUAAUCAAAUGUUAAUUUAUAAUCAUAAAUCACGAAACUCCCGUACCAUUCUCACACAUUUUCACCCAUACGCACUUUCAUUACUAACAUUUGCAUUAAGUCAACAUAGAAUAUAUAAAUUUUCAUCAAACAUAAAUGAUAAAAAAAUCAACCUAAUCAAAUAUAUUUAAGAUAUCUAAAAUAUU